CCUGUCCUAGAUUUCUUCUUCCCGAAACCCUUUCUGGAUUUGCGUUGCUUUUGAUUUUGGUUUCCAGUUUUCCUUUCGAAAAUCAUAUAUGUAAUCGAUUGGAUUAAAAGGAAACCAAACCAAAAGGAACAAGUCAUUUGAAUUGAAUGCAAAGUUAAAACAAAAGAAAGAAAGGAGAGGCGUGGUAAUGGCGUACAAGCCUACCACCACACAAAUCUCUGAUAAAUUAUUGCUUCCAUGCUUUCUUCUUCAUCUACCUUUUUGCGUUGAAGAAUCCUGACCUGAACGAAUAGUAGUUGAGUAUGGACAUUGCCGCCCUUUUGACUUCGGCGGGAAUCAAUAUAGCUUUGUGCGUGUUGCUUUUCACACUCUACUCUGUACUAAGAAAACAGCCCAGCAAUAGAAUUGUCUAUUUCGGUCGGAGGCUCGCGUCCGUGCAGUUGAGAAGCAAUGAUCCUUUCUCCUUGGAGAGGUUUGUUCCGUCCACUAGCUGGUUGAUUAAAGCUUGGGAAACAACUGAAGAUGAAAUUUUGACCGUUGGUGGGUUGGAUGCUGUUGUUUUUCAGAGGAUACUUAUCUUCAGUAUCCGGAUAUUCUCUAUUGCUGCUGUCAUUUGUAUGUUUCUAGUUCUUCCAGUGAAUUACUAUGGGAAAGAAAUGGCACAUAAGCGGCUUGGAGCAGAAUCUUUGGAUGUUUUCACAAUCGGAAAUGUCCAGGAAGGUUCAGUAUGGCUUUGGGCUCAUUGUCUUGCAUUAUACACAAUAUCUUGUACAACUUGCGCUCUUCUAUACUUUUUAACCAUUGGCCCUUUUAUCCAGGAAUAUAAGAGCAUCACGAAGAUGAGGCUGACACACCUAAGAGGUUCACCGACAAACUCCAGCCAUUUUACUGUGCUAGUUCGAUCAAUUCCAUUUGUUCCAGGAGAAUCAUAUAGUCAUACACUGAAAAAAUUCUUUACAACUUAUUAUCCAUCAAACUACUUGGCGCACCAGAUGGUACACCACUCUGGUGUUGUCCAAAAAUUGAUGGAUGAGGCGGAGAAGAUGUGCAAGAUGCUUAGUGCUGUUUCAUCUGAUGGACGAAGUUUAAAGCCAUUUUGUUUUUGUACCUCAAGUACACUUUCCUUUCACAUUCUAUCUGACCAACCAGAAAGUGGUGAUGAGAGUAUCAGAUAUUCUGAUUUUGAAAUUGCUCCACCAGAUAAUGUAAGAAUCUUGACACUGCAUGCACCUGUUUUGGAGUGCCCUGUUGCUUUUGUCUUCUUCAAAACUCGUUUUGCUGCUGUCGUCGCCACACAGAUGCUUCAGACUACAAAUCCAAUGUUGUGGGUGACAGAACAAGCCCCCGAACCACAUGAUGUUUUAUGGUCAAGCUUGUCUAUCCCCUACAAGCAGCUCUGGCUCCGAAAGAUAGCCACACUUCUAGCUGCAAUAGUUUUCAUGUUUCUAUUUCUCGUUCCAGUGACAUUUGUUCAAGGCUUGACUCAACUAGAUAAACUAUCAAAGACUUUCCCCUUCCUGCGAGGUCUUUUAAAAAAAGACUAUAUAAAUCAUGUGGUGACAGGUUACUUGCCUAGUGUGAUCUUAACGCUAUCUCUGUAUACUGUGCCACCAACAAUGAUGUUGUUUUCGGCAAUAGAGGCACCCAUCUCCAGAAGUGGACGAAAAAAGAGUGCAUGCUUGAAAAUCUUGUACUUCACCAUUUUGAAUGUGUUCUUUGUCAAUGUUCUCUCAGGUUCCGUUAUUAGUCAAUUAAGUGUCUUCUCCAGUGUAAGAGACAUACCACUGGAACUUGCCAAAGCGAUACCCACUCAGGCUAGCUUCUUCAUGACCUACGUUUUCACAUCAGGGUGGACGGGUUUGGCUUGUGAACUGAUGCAACUCUUCACAUUUGUUUGCAACCUGGUCAAGAAGUUCAUCCUCAGAAACUAUGAAGAUGCACAUGAUUGGCUUAUGGCCUUCCCCUACCACACAGAAGUCCCAAGAGUUCUCUUAUUCGUACUCAUAGGCUUCAGCUGUUCGAUCAUGGCACCUUUGAUACUGCCAUUUUUGUUGUUCUAUUUCUUUAUGGCUUACCUCAUAUACAAAAACCAGAUUCUCAACGUUUAUUUAAAGAAAUAUGACAGUGGUGGACUGUUCUGGCCUAUUGUGCACAAUACAACAGUGUUUUCGUUGGUGUUGACCCAGAUUAUAGCUCUUGGAGUUUUCGGGAUCAAGGACUCCCCAGUUGCAUCAGGAUUUACCAUUCCCCUCAUAGUUUGCACACUUCUGUUUAGUGAAUAUUGCAGACAACGGUUUCAGCCUGUUUUUAAAAAACCUGCUGCCCAGGUUUUGAUAGACAUGGAUAGAGAGGAUGAGAAUGGUGAUAGAUUCGAAGAUAUUUACAAUCGGUUACGUACAGCUUAUUGCCAGAUCCAAUUGACUUCACAUGAACUUCGACCAGGUUUAGCAGUAACACGGGUCAAUGAUGUGGCCGAGACCAUCCCGUGUUCAGGAGGCCCCAAACCAGGUUCAUUUCUCUAAUUAGUUCUUCCCUGGGUUAGGUUUAUUUGUCCUUUGAGACAUACAGAAUCCUAAUCCCAUGCUUUCUUUUUGUUUGUUUGAAGACGAGCAGUGGGGUAAGUAAAGCUUGGGCUGUCUGCAAUUUUGAAGAUAACUAAGAUCCUUUUGAAGUGGACUUCUUUAGUGAUGAAGUCUUUUUUUGUUUUCUUUAUAUUUUUGUGUACAUAUACUUCUCUCAAUUGUUUUCUGCUGCUUCACAUUGGGGGAUGGCCAUAUUUGACCCCAUCAUCUAGUAGUAGUGUUGGAGUAACAGUUUGAGGGGUUUUCUUUGUACAGGGUAGAGGUAAUUGUGAACUUGGCGAAGUGUAAGUUUAAAGUAUAUAUAUGCCAAUAUAGAAUGUAC